GAUGGCCAUGGGCGCUUUGCGCUGCAUUACGCCGCCAAAUACGGGCUAAAGAGCUUUUGCGAAGCUUUGGUACGUUGCGCAGUUGGUUCUGAUGCUGGGCAUCUUGGUGAUGUCUUAUUCCGGAGAGACGAGGAUGGCAUGACGCCAUUACACUAUGCCGUUCUAUCUGGCGAAACGUCAAUCCUAACCACUCUUUUAAAGGGGCUGGUUGGCUUCAACGAGAUGGAGCAAUCAAAACUUGGUCUUUCGACUUUGCUUGGCGAUCUUCUUCUUCUAUCUGUGAGAAGCGGCCAAGAUGAUGUCGUAAAGGUUUUGCUAAACUAUGAACCUAACAUCAACUACGCAACGCCUCCGGGGGAGACUGCCCUGUACUGCGCGUCUCAAGCAAAUAAUUUGGAUCUAGUUAAGCUGUUACUCACAUAUACUCAACGGGGGCUUGAUGCAAACAUUGCAGCGGCUACAGGGUGGACUCCGCUUAUGGUUGCAUGUGCAAAUGGCCACGGCGAGGUGGUAAGCUGUCUCCUCGAGGCUGGGGCUGAGCCUGAGAGGUGCGAUGCUUUGGGGUGGACCGCUCGGGAACAUGCAGUCUUCAGAGGACACCUUGGUAUUGCGGAGCUUUUUACAUCGACUCCAUCAGAAGCUAUGUACGGAGGACCUGCAGGUUCUCGUAGGCUGGCUUAUAAGAGAUAUUCCCAGACCUCUUUCAGCAACAGUAACGAAAGGUUAGUCGUCGUUAACCUUGGGAGCACUCAGGGGGGACAUGAUCGCGCUGCAUUUGAGCUCUCUCAUUACGGUAUCGAGAAGGGCUGUGACUCCAACGCGCCAUCAUCUCUUGUACUUGAGAUUUCUGCUCCAGGAACAGAGGCCGAGCCAAAGUUGGUGCGGUUGCCAGUACUGGAAGAUCAAAUCAACCAGCCCUUUAUCUUCCAAGCCAAAAAUGGAGCACCUCUUCAAAUAUCUGUCCGCCUAUUUCGCCGCGAAUCUAUAGACUCGAUGGUGCUCCUGAGUCGUGGAAAUACAAUGCUAGAUCAUGGGAAAGUGUUGUUUGGCGAGAAACGCGAAAGCAUGAUUCGCGAGGUCACCGUUUGUAUGAUGGAUAAAGAGACUAUGGACUCGACAGGGGCUGUUUUGCUGAGCUAUGUCGUUGCUACGCCGUUUGCAGGUCUUCAGCAGCCUGAUACAUCAAAUUACCAAAGACAACGGGGGGAUCCAGUGCAAAUUGUUGGCCAUAGAGUUUGGUAUCACAGGAUUCUCCUCGCGCAAUGUGACGGCUCUGACAGAUUCGCAGACUUGCAGAUUACUCGCGACCUCGAAGCCGUGAUAUUUCACGACUUUUCAUUAAGCGAAUCCGGCACAGACGUUGCCAUCCACGACGUUACCCUCUCUCAGUAUAAGCACGCAAGCGAUUUACAGGAGCCGCAGAGCAUAACUCCAGCAACUAUAGACAGAGGAAGUGAGGCGCUGCAUGGUGACCCACAAAGGCGACGUGCUUGGUCUACAGGUGAAGAGUCUCGCCUCAGAACUUUGCAGCUGCGUGAUAGACUGCGGUACACUGUAGAUUUUCAGAACAAGGGCUUCAAGCCUAAUACCAGAGGGGAUUUUAUACAGGGUUCGCUGGCUACGUUGGACGAGCUGCUUGUGGAUUUGCCCGAGGAUAUUGGGUUCAACAUCGAACUGAAGUACCCGCGCCUCCACGAAGCGGUAGACGCUGGAGUAGCUCCCGUUACCAUCGACAUCAACACAUUCGUCGACGUUGCUCUCGAAAAAAUCCAGCGCCUGGCCGGUAAGCGGCCGAUAAUACUCUCGUCGUUUACGCCCGAGGUCUGCAUCCUGCUGUCGGUGAAGCAAAAGACGUACCCGGUCAUGUUCAUCAGCAAUGCCGGCAAAGUGCCCAUGGCAGACAAGGAGCUCAGGGUCGCAAGUCUGCAGGUGGGCGUGCAGUUUGCGAGGCUCUGGAAUCUGGCCGGGGUCGUGUUUGCGUGCGAGGCGCUGCUGUAUUGUCCCAGGCUUGUGCAGUUUGUGAAGGAUGCAGGGCUGGUUUGUGCGUCUUAUGGGCUGUUGAAUAAUGAGCCUAUUCAUGCACGAAAACAAGCGGAUGCUGGCGUGGACAUUCUCAUGGUGGACAGGGUCAAGCUGGUUGCGGACGAACUGGCCAAC